AUGCCCGCCGCAAAGAAGCAUGUCCCUAUCGUCAAGAAGCGCACUGCGCGCUUCAUCCGCCACCAGUCGGACCGCUUCAUGCGUGUUGACCCCAGCUGGAGAAAGCCCAAGGGUAUCGAUAAUGCCAUGCGCCGUCGCUUCAAGGGACAGGCCGUCAUGCCCAAGAUCGGUUACGGUUCCAACAAGAAGACCCGCCACAUGAUGCCCUCCGGCCACAAGGCUUUCCUCGUCAACAACGUCCGCGAGCUCGACCUUCUCCUCAUGCACAACCGCACCUACGCCGCUGAGAUCUCUCACGCCGUCUCUGCCCGCAAGCGCAUCGACAUUGUCGCCCGCGCCAAGCAGCUCGGUGUCAAGGUCACCAACGCCAAGGCCAAGAUCACCACCGAGGCAUAA